GAAGCGUUUUCUCCUGGUACCUAAACACAUUGUUAUAGCGGCUGAUAACGCUGAUGGUUUUCACUUUGUUAGUCUGAUGAUCUCUGGGAAUAGUCAGUGAGGAUUGUUUAAUAGGAUCUCUGAUUUUUUUUUGUUUCUGCUGGAUGAUCUGAAGUCAGCGCUGUUGCCAUGACGACAGACGAGGCAGAGAGUCACCAGAAGAAGCCGAGGCAGCAGGAGGAAGCCGGUCAGGAAGCCCGGCCGCCCUCGCCGGAGGAGGGCGAGCAGCUCCGGCCUCGAAACCGCAACUCUGCCGGCCGCGGCCUCUCCCGCCUCUUCUCGUCCUUCCUGAAGAGGCGCUCGCAGUGCGACAGCGAGGGGGGAGAGAGGGAGAACAAGGAGGGGGAGGAAGAAGCUAAAGCCCCCAUCGCCGACCCCGAACCAGAGCUCAGGACAGAGGGAGAGGUGGCCCCGGAUCAGCACUCAGUGAGCAGCGCUGAGGCUCAGGCUGUUCAGGUAGAGAAGAAGGAGGCGGGGGAGGAGGAGGCGGCGGAGGUGGAGGUGGAGGAGGGAAAAGACACAGAGAAGGACAAGGAGAAAGAAGAGGAGGCCACCCUGGAGAAGGAGAAGGAGGACAAGGAGAAGGAGGAGGAGGAGGAGAAGAAGAAGGAGGAGGGGGAGGAGGAGGGGUGUCCUGAAGGAGGCAGUAAAGGAGAGAAGGAGGAGAAGGUGAUGGAGGAGGAGGCCAAAGCUCCCCGAGCUCCACGCCGGCCGAAGACGAUGCAGAUCAAAGUGACGCUGCUGGACGACGCUCAGUUUGAGUGUGAGCUGGACAAACAUGCCAAAGGUCAGGAGCUGUUCAUGAAGGUGUGUGACCACCUCAACCUGCUGGAGAAGGAUUACUACGGUCUGGCCAUCUGGGAGACGCCCACCAUGAAGAUCUGGAUGGACCUGGCCAAAGAGAUCCGCAGGCAGGUACAAGGUGCCAACUAUAAUUUCACCUUCAAUGUGAAGUUUUAUCCUCCCGACCCGGCCCAGCUCUCUGAGGACAUUACAAGGUAUUACCUGUGUCUCCAGCUGAGAAAGGACAUCCUGCAGGGCCGUCUCCCCUGCUCCUUCGUCACUCUGGCCCUGCUGGGAUCCUACGCCUUGCAGUCAGAGCUUGGGGAACACGAUCCCGAGGUGCACGGCAGCGAGUACGCUAAAGAGCUGAAGAUGGCCCAGGGUCAGACGAAGGAGCUGGAGGACAAGAUGAUGGAACUGCACCAGACGUACAGGGCAAUGAGUCCGGCUCAGGCGGACAUGAUGUUUCUGGAGAACGCCAAGAAGCUGUCCAUGUACGGAGUCGACCUGCACCAGGCCAAGGAUCUGGACGGCGUGGACAUCAUGCUGGGCGUCUGCUCCAGCGGUCUGAUGGUCUACAAAGACAAGCUGAGGAUCAAUCGUUUCCCCUGGCCCAAAGUCCUCAAGGUGUCCUACAAACGCAGCAGCUUCUUCAUCAAGAUCCGACCGUCUGAGGUGGAACAGUAUGAGAGCGCCAUCGGCUUCAAACUGCCGAACUACAAGGCCGCCAAGAAGCUGUGGAAAGUGUGUGUGGAGCAUCACACCUUCUUCAGACUGACAUCCACAGAGAUGGCCACCACUCCCAGGAAGUUCCUGGCGCUGGGCUCCAAGUUUCGUUACAGCGGUCGGACUCAGGCUCAGACCAGACAGGCGAGCUCUCUGAUCGACAGACCGGCUCCUCUGUUCCAGCGCACCUCCAGCAAGAGGAACUCCCGCAGCCUGGACGGAGCCAUGGCGUCCACCCCCGACAAUAAGUCCACUCGUCCGGUCAGCGCUCCUGUGAUGUCACCAGUGUCUCCCGGGGAGGCGACCCCGUCCCCACUGCUCAGCGCCCUGCGCCGCUCCGACCACCGCGACGGCUCCGCCCUCAGAGGACCCCGCUGUGCAAUCAGGAAGUCGGCCAAGAAGGCGGAGAGUCAGCCGACUGAGCACAGCAAGAGCCAGAGUCCGCGACCAGAGAACACUCCAGACAUCAAGACCGUGGCGAGGAGAGAGCGAAGGCACUCGCCCUCUGUGACCACGGCCAACGGGGAGAGAGAGAGAAAGAGCCAGCACUCUCCUCAGGACAAAACAAAGAUGGAGGUGAUGCGAGUGAGGAAGAAAAGAGCAAAGAAACUUGAGGGGGAAACGAUUUAUAUCAGACAUAGCAAUUUAAUGUUGGAGGACCUGGAUAAGACCCAGACUGAGAUCAUGCGUCACCACACAAGCAUCAGCGAGCUGAAGAGGAGCUUCAUGGAGUCGGUACCCGAGCCUCGGCCCAGCGAGUGGGACAAACGUCUCUCCACUAACUCACCUUUCCGCACAGCGAGCAUCAACGGCCAACUGCAGCCAGCGCGAGGGAGGCAGUCACUGUUUGGACACAAGGUAAGAGCUUGUAGUUUGUCCCCAGCACACGGGGGGCCGCGGCUCUACAGACAGGACUGCCUGCUGGAGGAAGAAGAGGAUGAGGAUGAGGAGGACAGUGAUGUUGAAUGGGUUGAUGAGGGUGAGGAGGAAGAGGAAGAAGAGGAAGAACAAGCUCACGGUCACACUCUGAAGGUGGCUAUAAACGUGCCCGACGAGGGGAUGAGUUUAGUUAACCCAUGUGAGCUGAACCCAGCCCGGAUCAAGGCGUCCCGGAUGUCCUUCUUCCUGUCGGGGCUGCUGGUGAUGGCUCUCACCAUGCUGUGGCUGGCUUUCAUUUAGAGGACAAAUAAACAGGACGGUUCCUGAACAUUAAAUCUUGAAAGGUGACCACAACCAUCCACAGACUUCCUUAUCCAGUGCUGUUUGUUCCUUUUCCUUUGAAGUCAUUAUUGCUGCCGCUCCUCUCUUCGAGGCACCUCAGUCCAGCCUAAAAUGACUCAAAGACAUUUACCUCAGCCUGGUAACUGUUGCUACGUCUGUCAAGGUUUUAACGACAAUAAUCCACCGUAAUCACACAGCAGCCAUUUUUCUCUGACACCAGGCUCAGGGUGGGAAGCUCAAACGCUGUCAUUAUGUGUAACUGUGUUCCAGGUUUGAAAAUGCUAUAAACACAAGGAUCUGACUUUUGACUAACAUUUGAAUGCUUUUGGAUUGAUCAGCAGUUGAAAGAGGAUGGAUAGUGAAAAAAAAUCCAUGGGUACAUUAAGUAUUUUCUAAGCGGUUUCUUAGCGCUGUUGACUACAUUUCCAGUACAAGUUCUGAAGGAACGCCCUGAAUUGCAUGUUUAAUUUAAAAAACAGGUUUAUUAUAAACUGAUUUAGGACCUGUCUGUUAUUCAGCCCCAGCGCAGGUUAAUGUUGGACCAAUAUCAGCAGACAAUCAGGCCGAGCGUACAUUAGGAAUCCAUCCACGGAGACGAGAAAUUACUCAGGAAAGCAUCUCUGCAAUUUUAUAAAAAGUUUUCCGCUAAUGUUAGUGAAACUAAUGUUGAUUCUGACUUCAUUUACAGUUUAAGCACUGGUCCGUGGUUGGGCCAAAAAGAAAAGUUGAUACAGGAGUCACGUGAUGUUCGGACCAUAAACCAACAAUGUCAGAGUAAAGCCGCUUUCACAUAUACACUCCUGAAAAUAUCCAGAUCAUUUCAGGAGGACUGCUCUAGAGAUUCUCCUAACCUGAGUGUUCACAUGUGCUCCUCACGGCGGGAGAAUAUCCCUGUCAGACGGGAGGGGGGGUCUCCUCAGGCAAGACAUGAUGUAAAAAAGCGAUGCAGAAGAGGCGGACGUAACUACUGAGUCGGCCAUACGACUCUAUAAUUAGAACAUUUGCCUUUAUAUCAAUGCUAUGUGUAGUUCAGCGGAAUCACAACAAGCGGAGAAGAACAUACUGACGAACAGAAAACAGAUUAAUGAACACUGUGCACUAGUCACAGGAUAUAAAUGUCACUCUCCCCUCCGAUUGGCUCAAGGUGAAAUCUCCAGAUAAUAUACCGCAGCUCACUCGGACUUGCUGCGGAAUAAAUACUAGCUGUCUGGCCGGAGAAAUCCGGAUAAAGUCAUAGUGAAAAAUGUGGCUGUUUGCAUUCACACAUACGGCUCCUCCUGGAAAUAUCAGGAUUUUCAGGAGUUUUUGUGCAAUGUCACGAUGUCUUGGAGUCUUCCAGAGGAUAAAGUUGACAUGAGCAGCAUUUGCUUUACAGACAGUAAAUAAAGGUAAAGUUCAUAGUGAGCUGUUGCUGCCUGGGUUGAUGUGAAAGACGAUUUUCGAUAUGCAGGACAACAGUAACAUAAAAAAUGUGAUUUGGAUUUAACUCAGUCUGGAAAGGUUUCCAUGAGCCAGAACAGAAAUAACAUUGUUUAAACCCAUAAAAAAGAAUCAAAUCAACUCACUACUGACCCGUGAAGUGAAUCAUCUGAGCUGUGGAUUCAUCGGACAACAAGAUCCAGUGUGCAGUUAGGAUGAAUAAAAUUAUAUCUGAUAUAAAUAUGUGAUACCUUUUAGAACUUAUCAGCCCAAUACUGUCCUUCAAAGGCCUUAAAUGAAACUGUUGCACUUCUUAAGGCACCGUGUACUUGUUUACAUGACUUCACUGCUGGUUUGUUGCAUGAUUGUUGACGUCUUUAGUGGUCUGUCAGCUACAUUAUGCAACUUUUCUCCGACUGAGCUUUUUUUAAAAUGCUGCCCAAAGGUCUGUGACUCAUGUUGGAGCCGCUGCAGCGAAGGAUCGGACUGUUCAGUUCUUUUAAUGAAAUUAUCCCAUAUCCUGUUUCAGAGACAGGAGAUCUGAACAGACGCCAACGUGGUGAUCCUCGGCGUGCUCGUUGGUGCUGUCAAACAGGCAGUGCUGACCUUUUGAAGAGAACAAAGAGUCCAAAAAGAGAUAGCCCACUUUAUAAGCAGUCAACACAUCCACUUUUCAUUAACCUUUAGUAUAAACAGCUUGAUGAAAGACGCUCCGUCUAAGCAGUACACACAGCUGUGAACGCUGCAUUCUUUGCAUUAUUCACCAAAUAAGACCAAAUGUGUUCCCAAAACCUACUUCCUGUAAAACUUCAAAAAGAGGCCCAUCCCAAUUGAAGGCCCCGCCCCUUUUACUAGCCGGGCACGCUUUGACAGAUAAAGGUCUCAGUUAGAGGCCGUGAUGCAUUUAGUGUUAAAAUAGUUUGCAGAUCAAAUAUAAGGAGAAAAAGCAGCAAGACACAAAAAAUAAAGAUGAACUUGUGCUGGUGCUGGCUUUAAGGCGCACUCACACCAGGCAAAGUUGUCCCGUACCGUACUUAAGUGCGAUUACCCCCCCCCCCCCCCCAUUCCCCCGCUUGCCUGCACUCACACUGCUCCAGGACUUACAGGGCUUGAGCACAGUGUCCUCUUGUACAUAACGUCCUCAUACAACACAUACAUGGCUUUAUAUGAUCAUGAAGCGUGCUCAGUUUACAAGACAGAAAGACUUGAGGCAAAAAAAAGGAACACGCUGUCGGGUCCGCAUCUGCACAUUGGAGAACAACACAGAGAACACGAGAGCUACUUAUCGACUUUGUGGCUUAUUUUGAGUCAUGUUAGUCAGAUACGGACAGAAGACUCCUGAAAUGUCUAGAUAAUAGAAGGCUGUCCACGUUGUGUUCCCAUGCUUGUGCAUGAUCUGUACCGUGCUGAAGCACACCUUCCAAGCUUGCCAGGGCCGAGGAAGUGUACCAAGCUUCAGCACGGUAUGGAGCACUCACACUAGUCAAACAAACUGGACUUUAAGGGUGAAGUGUGCUUGGGCACGGUAUGGGUGGCCUAGUGUGAGUGUGUCCUUAGAGAUGGAAAUAAAUGUGGACAUUAUGGAACAAAGGUUUUUUCCUCUCUUAUGCUAAAUGCUAACGCUAUAACAGCGGCUUUAAACAGUUACUAUGUGACUCACCAUUUGAAGGCUCUUGGACGAUUCUAUGAAUGUUGUCACCGCGGUGUAGACACAGCUCAGAGCCUUUACACCAAUGACAGGAGAUGAUGGCCAUCUGGGUGUUGAUGAACUCUGGGAGAGUAUAAUGUUUACCCCUUGAUAUUUGGCUGGGACUGAACUGGAGCAUUACUUUUACAACACUGCUAUUGAACACCAUAUAUAUCUAUAAAAAAAAAACAACAACUUGUGCAUGCUGAAUCUUUGUGUCCUGCUGGUUUAAUGUCAUGGAUCCUUGUGUAAUUCUCUUUCUGUAGGCCUGAACUUUUCACUGUGAUCUUAGAGCAACCUUUACGUUGUUAAAACAUCAACUGAUGGACUUUCUGUCAUCCAGCCGUCGGAUUUCUCUCUCUGUAUGUUUAAACUUUUACAGUGUUCAUUGAAAGCUGCAGUAAGGUGUGUUAUAGGUCGUAUAAAAUAAUAAAUGCAUCGAAUCAC